AUGGAGCGCCUUCCGAGUGAGCUGCUUGUGUGCGUUAUUCUAAGACUGGCGGCGCAGGACCCCCCCUCGCUUGCGCGCGCCGCGUUUGCCUGCAAGUCCUUGCUCCGGUUGGUGAAGGAUAACAAACACAUCUGGAAGGCGGCUUUCCUUGCCCCAGAGGGGGGUGAGGCUCUUUCCUUUGAGCAGGAUGAACAAAACGCAAUUGGACUUUUGGAGGCUGAACUAGACGCUGAGGUCGCGUCGCUAGGCGGGCGUCCGGGACGGGUGUUGUCGAUAGAGGGGAAGCCGUGGACUUUGCUCCUCGACGCAAGCUUGUGUACAGACGUUGGAUACGAACCUCCGGGAUGCGGAGGGAGGGCCUUUGUUAUAUCUCAAGAGCCCCGCACCAAAACAGCGGAAUGCGACCUUCAGAAGUCUACUUUCGUGGUCGUGAGUGAACAGAUCAGCGAAGCGCUUGCAUGGGCUACCCCGACGGUAGCGCUGACAAUCUCGUUGCUAGUUGGAGUAGCUUGGAUUGCCUCGAAGUACAAGAAGUCGAAGGUUUUCUCUUUUUGA